ACGGAAGCGCAGAGGUCCGGAGCUGCUGGAACCCAGCCGGCCGUCGCGAUGCCGGGCGCGAGCCGCGGCGGGGUAGCGGGGGCGCUACUGGGGCUGCUGCUGGUGCUGUCGGUGAGGAGCGGUGGCGCGUCCAAGACCAGCGUCGGGCUCGUGACUUGCGGGUCAGUGCUGAAGCUGCUGAACACCCACCACAAAGUGCGGCUGCACUCACACGACAUCAAAUACGGAUCCGGCAGCGGCCAACAGUCGGUAACCGGCGUGGAGGCGUCCGACGAUGCCAAUAGUUACUGGCGGAUUCGUGGCGGCUCCGAGGGCGGGUGCCCGCGCGGGCUCCCAGUGCGUUGCGGGCAGGCAGUGCGCCUCACGCAUGUGCUCACCGGCAAGAACCUGCACACGCACCACUUCCCGUCGCCGCUAUCCAACAACCAGGAGGUGAGUGCUUUCGGGGAAGACGGUGAGGGUGACGACCUGGACCUGUGGACGGUUCGAUGCUCCGGGCAACACUGGGAACGUGAGGCCAGCGUCCGCUUCCAGCAUGUGGGCACCUCUGUGUUCCUGUCGGUCACUGGUGAGCAGUAUGGAAACCCCAUUCGUGGGCAGCAUGAGGUGCACGGCAUGGCUAGUGCCAAUGCUCACAACACAUGGAAGGCCAUGGAAGGUAUCUUCAUCAAGCCUGGAGCAGAUCUCUCUACAGGUCAUGAUGAACUCUGAGAACUGGAUGGGUGAAGGGAGGGAGGGUGGCUGGGUAGGGAUUCUGCAGGGCCACUCUUGUGUGAGACUUUGUUUGUAGAGCCCUCAAGUGCCUUUAUGAUUAAAAAAUGUUGGUUUGUGUUUA